GCUCCCUCCUGCACCCUCUCCAGUCACCCACAUCCCAACCCCUCAAACUCUUGCCUGCCUCCAGAGCUGGGAUGGGGUGGCCAGAUCCUCUUCAGGGCUGAUUUGACAGCCCAGAGCUGUUUUGAUGCCAAACUCAAUCCUGAUGCAAGCAGGAAGUCGAGGGAGUUGCAGCAGCCAGGGGUUAUUUUGGGGCCCUUCAGCUUCACCUUGGAGUUGCCUGAAGACUCAAACUCUUGUUAUUAGUUGGUUUUAUUAGCUGGAGAUGGGUUUUAGUUCCUGCAGGGAGAGUCAGGAACUAAAAUAGUAACAAGGUAGCGAAGAAUAGGGAAGUUAUUAAAUGAAGAAAGGAAACAUCUCUGCAGGUGAGGGCUGCUGAGGGCCAGGGUGUUCAAUACAAGCAGUGUUCCCAAACAUCUUCUCCACAGAGUUUGGCCCAUCAGAUACCUGGUUGCUCAUCUAACUGUUCCAGGGGAGGUUCAAAUUGGGUAUUAGGAAAAAUUCCUUAAUGGAAAGGGUGUUGAGGUACUGGAACGGGCUGUCCCGGCGUCACUGUGGCUGAAAGUGUCAAAAAAACCUGUGGAGGUGGCACUUGGGAACAAGGUUUAGCAGUGGACUUGCCAGUGCUGGGUUGAUGGUUGGGCUUGAUGGCCUUAGAGGGCUUUUCCAAGCCCAGGAAUUCUGUGAUUCCAUGUUUGGUGAUUCCCAUUGUCCCUGGGGCAGCCCUGAGAGAUUUGGCACAAGUUUGCCAGCAGAUCAGCGCUGGCACAACCCUGGAAAUGGCAUCAGGACCUUCCUAUGGAAUGUGCACAGAGGAGGAAUGUCCAAGGACACUCCUGCACCUCCCUGCCCUUCUCAGGCUUUGCCAGUUCAGGUGACAAACUGUCCCAAGAGGUUUUUCCAGUGGCUCUUCAAAGUGUCAACAUGUCCCUGUCCCAGCAGCCCCUCUGUGCCCUCAUGGCACUCACACCAAACUUGUAUUUCCAAAGGAAGACUGACCCAAAUAUCCACCUUCCUUUGUUUAUGAAGACAGAGCUUGCAAACACCUGGGAUAGGAUCUGCUUCUUUGAACAGAGGUGGGAAACUCUACCAGGCAUAGGGAUGUGCACUGGGGAUGAGCAGGGUAGGAUGGGGAGGCCCAGGGGAUGCACUGGAGGGGCCUGGAGGAUGAGAACAGGGAACAACUUCUUGGGAUUUCCCAUUCCAGAAGGGAAGAGCUCCCAGUGCAGCCAGCAGGCAGCAGGUAGGCAAGAGGACUGAUUUUACACUGCCAGAUGUUAGGGUUAGAUGGGAUAUUGGGGGAAAAUCCUUCCCUGUGAGGGUGGUGAGGCCUUGGCACAGGUUGCCCAGGGUGGUAGGGUUGUGGCUGUACCUGGAUCCCUGGAAGUGUCCAAGGCCAGGUUGGAUGGGGCUUAGAGCAGCCUGGGAUAGUGGAAGUUGUCCCUGUCCAUGGCAGGAGGAUGGAACUGGAUACUUUUUAGAGUCUGUUCCAAUCCAAACCAUUCUGGGAUUCUAAGAGGACGUGCUUUUCCAGCCAGCACCUAAUCAAACAGAACCUUGCUGCUGUAGAAUACGACCACAAAAAUAAUCUUAGAGAGGCUCAGAUAAACAUGGGCAGGUCCUGACUGGUUAAACAUGAUGGCCCAGGACCUCCAGCUAAGGAAGUAUUUAAUCACUGACCACCAGAAGAUGGGGCAGGAGGCAAACCUGUGUCUGCCUUCUUAGGAACUUCCUAAGGCUCUAAUUCCCCUUCCUGAAGCAGAGACAACAGGUCCUGCUCUCAGCCCAGAAGGGAGCACAGAGGGGCUGAGGGUCUCCUCCUUGAGAACUCAGAGAAGCCUGCAUGAAGGAGUCUCUGGUUCCCAGGGCUGCUUGCAGACUCUGCUAUCAAAUCUCUCCCAGGACUUGCACAAACCACUGGGGUCUCCUGCCAAAACUUUGCACCACUCCAGGCAGGAUUGCAGUGUGGGAUAACACAGCUCCCUGUUCUGAGCUGCUGCCAAGGUGCUACCAGCUGGGAUGGGGAGCUGCAAGCUCAGCCUGAGCAAAAAGGAACUUUCUCUGCAUCCCUUCCAUUUCCACAUCUCUUCAGAGCUAACAUUCCAGCAAAUGUCCUGUCCUGGAAGGGUUCAAGGCCAGGAGCGACCUGGGGUAGUGGAAGGUGUUCUUGCCCAAGGGAAUGAGAUGGGCUUUAAGGUCCCUCCAACUCAAACUCUUCUAGGAUUUCAUGAAAUAAGGGUGACAAGUUACUGGCUGCAGGGGUUUGGUUUGGUGAGAGGAGCCUCCCUGAUCUGUGGCUGCUAAAUCUGAAACCUUCCAGGACUCCAGGCAGCCCUGUGGCUGAGAAAUCCGUGGUUGUGCUGUGCAUGGCCAAGAACAAGGUGAUUCUUCUCCCUCCUGAUUUAGAUAUUUUCAUCUACAAGAAGGGGAGAGUGAGGCAGGUCUCUGCUCAGCCCCUGCGGCUCCAGCAGCUCCCGGUGAGUUACACAAGCCAAAGCCUCUCUGCACACCUCGCAGUGCUGGAGGCACAUGUGACAGAUGACAGAACGUCCUUUAAUUACUCUGUUCUCGCUGUCACCAUCAGCAAUCAUGGUAUUUGCUUUAAACCGGUCAGGAUUUCAAAACAAGCCCGGGGUGAUCAGAUUGACAAAGCCUCCUGGGCUGCCUGGUAUGGCAUCCUGCCUGGAGCACAGAGCACGGGCUGCCUGGGAGAUUGCUCAGUGCUGAGGGAUUGCUGGGGAAUCUCUCCUGGACCCCGAGACCAGCCCUGUGGGGCCUGACAAGGCUUGUGCCGUGCCCCUGUGGAGGUUGACUUGCACAAGGUGUUGCACAGAGCAGGUGCUUCAGGCACUGGAGGCUCCAAAGCCACACCUGGCGUGGGGUGCUUCUGGCUUUGCUGCUUCUCCUGCUGCUGCUGGUGGUGGUUUCUGGUUGCCUGGAGCCUCUGCCCUGCCUGGUGAGGAAACAUAGAGGUAUCUCCAGCUCUGCAGAAGGGAAGGGAGUGGGGACAUUGCUCCUGAGGGGCUCUGAGGCAGCUGUGGAGGCAAAUGCUCCCAUUUGGCUGAGCAAGGCACAUCCAGCAUUAGCACAUCUCCUGCUGUUCUUGUUAUUUCUUCCUGACCAUAAUUUGUUAAACAGCUUCCCAGCCAGGCAGAGGACAGAUUCCUGCCCUGUGGAGCAAGAAGGAGAGAGAUUAUCUGACUGUUCAGCAUCAGCAGGUUACCUGCCUGUGUUUUUAUACCUGGAAGCAGGAAAUUGCAGCCCUGCAGUUCAAGUACCAAAAGCUACGAAUGGCAGUGGGAUGGAGCCUGUCCAGGCAGCUCCAGGGCCUUCCUGGGCAUGGACAAAGUGCUGCAGCAGGGCAACAAUGAGCCCAAAUGCCUGCUUUCCCUUCCUGACUCGCCCUCUGCUUCGCUGUGAGAAUGGAGCUGUCAUUUGUCUCCAUCCACCUCAGGGCUCUGACUCACUCGUGCUGAGCCAACAGCAGUGGGAAUGUGGGAUGCCAGCACUCCCACCUCAUCCUCCCUGCCCUGCUGUUGCUGCCCAUCUGCCCACAGCAGCCAAAGCAAUAAAUAAACACACGUGGCCCUGGACCACAGCGGCUGCCAUUGAUAUCUUAAAAAAAAAAAAAUUCCUUGUCAGCAGCAGUUUGGGUAGAAAUCUCCAUCCCAGGUGCCACAGGACAAAGCAGGUAGGGCCAGCCUCGACUUAAGCAAAUUUGGAUUCUCCCAAACUCACCUGCCAGAGUCUCCUCUUCCCAGUUUUUGGUGGCAGCAGCAGCAGAACUGUCUGUGCAGCAUGGCUGGUAGGCACACAGCUAUAAAACCCUGGCAGCUGGGCCCUGAGGCUGCUGGGCCAGCUCCUGUGAAGCCCCUGCUCCAUCCCUCAACUUGGGCAAGGCUUGAGACACCCCGGGAUAGUGGAAGGUAUCCCUGCCAGUGGCAGGGGGUGGCACUGGGUGGGCUUUAAGGUCCCUCCCAACCAAAACCAUCUGGGAUUCUGUAGUUCCACUGACUGCUCUCAGCUGUCCCAGUGGGAGCCUUGGCACCCAGUGCCUGCCCCAGGGACGACAGAGAGGCAAAGGAGCUGGGAUGAGGCUGGCCAGGUUAAAUCCUGUCCUGUGUCACAAAGCCUGGGACAUUGCCUGGGAUGUGUGGCCUUGCAGGAGGGCAUUAGUGCCAGGGAGCAGGAAGGGACCAGCUGAGGGGACAGGACAGUUCCUGAGGAAUGCCAUGUGUCACUGACCUUCACAGAGAUGAGCAGAGGUGUCUUUUGUGAGGAGCCAGGUGGGCAGGAGGCAGCAAGGAGGUAAGGACUUCAGGGAAGCUUUGAGAGAAGUUUCAAAUACAGGGAGGAUCAGAAUCACAGAGUCCUUAGGGCUGGAAAAACUUUUAAGAUGAUCACAUCCAACCAUCAGCCCAGCACCGACACUGAAUUCAUCACUGACCCAUGUCCCCAGGUGCCACAUCCACACUGCUUUUGAGCACCUCCAGGGAUGGUGACUCCACCACUGCCCUGGGCAGCCCAUUCCAAUGCUUUGCAAUCUUUCUGUGAAAAAAAAAAAGCCUCUAAUUUCCAAUCUAAACCUCCCUUGGAGCAACUUGAGGCUGUUUCCUUUUGUCCUGUUAUCACUGCCAGAGAGCAGAGCCUGACCCUCCCUGGCUGUCCGCUCCUGUCAGGGAGUUGUGCAGAGCCAGAAGGUUCCAUCUGAGCCUCCUUUUCUCCAGACUGAGCCCCUUUCCCAGCUCUGUUCCCUUCUCUGGACACGCUCUAGCCCCUUCUUGUCAUGAGGAGCCCAAAUCUGCCCUCAGGAUUUGAGGUGGGGCCUCAGUAGUGCCAGCACUGGGGGGUCUCUGCAUUGCCCUCACAAGGCCCAGAAGCUUCACCCUGUGCUCCCUGGGCACCCUCCUGUCCCCAGCCCAUCCCUGUGUCAGCAUCUCCAGCAUCCCCAGCAUCCCAGGCCCUGCUGACCACAGGCAGGAGGAUGUAAACAUUAGCAAGAGUUUGGAGUGAGGACUCAGCAGGAAACCAAGCUCACUUUAUGACCUAGUUAUUGAUGAAUCAGGGGAGGUGCAGACCCAUGACACCCUCCCCAGUUAUUUACCCAGUACAUGGCACAGGAUGUAUCAGGGAUGCUUGGACACUUUGCUCACCCCAAGGAUGCCAAAGGUUUUAGGGUGGGAAUACUCAUUCUUUUUGAUGUUCACACAGACCAGCCGUCACCUGUGUGGGUUCUUCUUCCCAAAUCCAUCUCUGCCACCUUCCCUGCCUCUCUUCUCAGGAAUGGGCAAGUCACCACUUGCUUCUCACUGAGAUUCCCUGCGGAAUGGGGGAGCUCCUUUCAGCCUGGGAGCUCGGUCUCCUGCUUGCAGAGUCCAUUGGGAGUUCCAAGUGAAUAAAAAGCAAAUCCAUCCCAGACUCCCUCACAUCUGGGGCAGGGGGGAGCAGCUCUCUGGGAUCCCCUCAAUUCCUCUGCUCCAAGUCUAUCCUAGAAGGACACUAAAGCUGGACUUGGUGACAUGUAAUGGAGGCUCCACCAUGGUGCAACAUGCGCUGCUGCUGCAGUGGUUAAUUACCCUCAUUUCCAAACCCAGGAGGAUAUGUGAGGCUUUUGUAAGCCCCGCAUAGCCCAGGUCUCCCAGGGAUGCUCUUUUUCAUAGGGACAGUAAAAUAAAUGGCUGAGCUUCCCAAAGAGCUUCUCCCCAUGGCAGAGGCUUGAUCCCUACUCUUCAGGAACCACAGGGAAAGGGAUAGGGACUGGGACAAGGGCAGGGACAGGGACAAGGACAGGGACAGGAACACCUCAGAACUUGGUCGCACCUUGCCUGUGGGGUCUCUACCAGGAAGCAGUGGCCAAAUAAUAAGUUUCAUGUUUAAGAAAACAACAUAUUUCUCUCAACUCUACACGGAGGGGAAAAAAUGUUGUUUUGGGGGCAAAAGUUUAAUUGCUGCCAAAUUUCUUGAACACCUGAAUGAGGUCCAGGAAGAAAAUAUUUGCAAAGCAGUCACCCAAAUGUGUCCUGUUCAGAUAGUUCUUUAACUAAAUAACAAAAUAAACCAGCUAGAAGAAGUGAAAUCUGAUAACAACAUUCUUUUUGAUAAUGAUAAAACAGCAUUUGGGGGAAAAGUUGAGAAGUGAUUUGAAUUUAAAUUCUGAAAGAGGCAGCAUCACCUUGCUCCACAUUUUUUGGUGAGAAUUCCUGUGUUGGGUUUUCUCCUUGUGCAGGAGAGUUGGUGUAGAUGUUCCCUCCCCUGGGAGAAGCAGAGCCAGGACCAGGUGCAUGCGCCUGCGCAGGGAACCUGCCCGGGGGCACACAGAUGAUUUCAGGCUGCACUUCCACCCCGCUCUUCCAACCCUUCCAGCUCAUGCUUCCCUGCCCUGCCUCCUUGCCCCUGCCCAUCUGGGAGCACGGAUAUAAACCCCUCCAGCCAAUAUGUUUCCUGUGGGGGCCCAGGUUUGCCUGGAGGGUGCACAUGGCUCCUGUCCCAUCCCAAGUCUUUGCCUAGAGACGGAGCGAGGGGAUUUUCUGGCAGCUGCUGGUGGUGAGCUCACACCGUGGGCACUCCUCUGGAGCUAGAGCAGCAGGGCAGGUUGUUGCUCCAGCUUUGCUGGAAACCUUGGAGCUCCUGGAGUGUGUGGAAGCAGUGCUGGUCCAUCCAGGGAGCACAGGUAAGCCAGGCUGGGAGGAGACAGCAGCAGCCAGUGCUGGGCACUCCAUCACUGCUUCCAUUUUUCUGCUCCUUCUUCUGCCUCUCCAUCUCUUCACCAUCUCUCAACUGACAUCUCUUUAGCCAUGAGGUGGGAUUUUCCAUUCUGGGUCCAAUUGCUUUUUUGCCUUGCAUCGCUGUAGAAGUGACAAGAGAUGAGGAGAUAGUCCCUGUGGUGUGAAGGAGCACAUGGAAACCCAGGAGCAUGAAGAGUGAGCCUUCAAACCCUUCUGUCUGCCACCUAUUUGCCUCUUGUGGUUGUGAUCUCAGCUGCUCUGGGAAGCAGCCAGCCUGGAUUAAGGAGAGGCCAUCGUUAACAGUGGAGGUUCACCCUCCAGUCGGUCUGUCUGGUCAGAGCAGGAGCUUCAGAAGAGCUCAUUUGAGUCCUGUUACACUCCUGUGUUUUCUCCCUUUGAACUGCUUGGGCAGGGAGGCAGAGGAAGCUGUGGGAGCCCCACCCUGCUGCACAUCCAAGGGACUGCUGGACAUUGUGGUGGAUCAGCUCACCCCGCUGCAAACAGGGAGUUUCUGCUCAAGAACAUCAUCACCUCAUGAGUGCCUGAGGAUGCCGAGCAUAUUUUCCUACCAGAGUGCCGAGGUGGAUUGGUGUGAGGGCAACUUCGAGCGCUCGGCGGUCAUUGCCGAGUACUACAACACCAUCAGCAAUGUGAGCUUCUUUGUGCUGUCUCCUGCACUGCUGUACCUGAACAGGCAGUACUGCCAGAAGAAGGCUGUGCCCCUCUACUUUGUCUCGGGGCUGCUCCUCCUUGUAGGUGUCUUCUCCAUGUACUUCCACAUGACCCUGAGCUACAUGGGACAGCUUUUGGAUGAACUCUCCAUCCUCUGGACGCUGGCUGUGGCUUAUUCCUUCUGGUAUCCACAGGCUUACUUCCCCAAGUGCAUCAAGACCAGGAGGCAUUUCUUCUGGUUGACUGGAAUCACCACCGUGAUCAGCACCUUGAUGUCUUUCAUCAAGCCGACCCUCAAUGCCUAUGCGCUCAACUGCAUCGCCUUCCACCUGCUGUACCUGACGUGGAGGGAGCUCAAGAAGUGCAAUGACAAACGGGUUCACCGGAUGGCCGCGGUCAUGGUGAUGUGGUGGGCACUGGCCAUCACAAGCUGGAUCAGUGACCGGUGGCUCUGCUGGCUCUGGCAGGCCAUCAACUUCCCCUACUUCCACAGCUUCUGGCAUGUGCUGAUAGCCAUGUCCCUGCUGUACUGCUGCCCGCUUGUCAUCUACUUCGACGUCAGCUAUGAGAUGCCCUCGUUCAAGCCAAAGCUGGAAUACUGGCCCAGUGACUCAUGGCCUGUUGUGGUGCCCUACGUCACCCUGGAGGAACCCCACAAGCAGUGCUAGAGCUGGGUGCCCUCAGGCCUCCCUGGGACAUGGGCUGUGUGAUGCUCACACAGGGAACAUCUCAGUUGUGCUCCUCCUGUUCCUCAGACAGGGGCACUGUGGUAGCAGAGGGGCCAGGGAGCAGCUGAGGCCUUGUGAUGCUGGGCAUGAAGCAAGAUGGAGCCCACAGGUGCCUUGGAACGCUCUGCCCAGACUGGUGUUCAGGGAGCUGGAGAUUUCCUCCAGCAGAUCCCAACGAGGAGGGGAGGGACACGGUGCUGCUUCUGUGUCCUCUGUGUUAUUCAAGCACCAGCACCCCUUGCUGACAAGGGCACAGCAGAGAACACUGAAGCCAAACUGGUGACAGCUGGGCUUGUUGGGGCUGCUCUAAUUAUUAUUAUUAACUCUAUUUAUUGAUGUAUGUGGUCUUAUUCAGGAGAGCUGUGCAUUAAAGCUGUGGACACUGACUUA